CGCCGCACCUGCGCACUCCACUCUGCAAGUCACGUGUGCUCCUUACAGAAGUGCUACGCAGUUACGUUGCGUCUUCUCUUGUCAGUGUACACUAGUCCGGAGCAUGAUGGCUGGAGUAGGACGGAUAUUUUGCUCGGUGUGGAGUCGCUGCUCGGUGCCGGAGCUGCGGAUACCUUGUGCCGCUUAUCACAAGAAGGUUGUUGAUCACUAUGAGAAUCCAAGGAACGUUGGAUCCCUUGACAAGAACGCAAAGAAUGUUGGAACUGGUCUGGUGGGCGCUCCAGCAUGUGGCGAUGUUAUGAAAUUGCAGAUUGAAGUUGAUGAACAUGGGAAAAUUACUGAAGCAAAAUUCAAAACCUUUGGAUGUGGUUCAGCAAUUGCCUCAAGCUCUUUGGCUACUGAAUGGGUGAAGGGAAAAACGGUUGAUGAGGCCAUGACCAUCAAGAACACAGAUAUUGCUAAAGAGCUUUGCCUUCCUCCAGUAAAACUUCACUGUUCCAUGCUGGCAGAAGAUGCGAUCAGAGCUGCCUUGGCAGACUACAGACUGAAGCAGGAUAAGGAGCAGUCGGCAGUGAGCGGCUAGCAACUCACCUUUUCAGCAGAGCGCCUCGUCACCUUGAAUAUGCCGUUCUCUUAGGAAAUGGGGCUUUCCUUUACUAUUGGAACAGCAGACUAAUGAAACGCACAAUAAUACAAUGGCUUGUCCCACUGUGUGAAUGUUUUUGUUGUAACUAUUAUUUCUCUGUUAGCAAGCUGUGCCAUUGAACAGGUAAUCAAAGUAUUGACUAUAAUGGCAUUGUUUCUGAUAUUCUAAACCUUAAAAGUGAUGGCACCCAUUUAUACCCUCACAGAUAUUUUUAUUUUAUUUUUUCAGUCCCAUGGCUACGUACGCAGGAUGCGUUUGUAUAAUUUCUACAUCUGUUAAAGAUUUGUGGAACUUAUUAAAACAUGUCUGUUUAAUCACUCCGGGCCACUCCAGCAUUAGACAGGGGCCAUCACAAAGAUUAGUAAAGGCAAAAUUUAAAAUCCUUCAAAAUUAAAGGUGUAAUAAAAACCUUUCGUAAGCAAUUAUUCGGAGUUAAAGGGAUUUGAAUACUUUAUAGUCCGCUUCCUACUUAGUCAUGACUGGUUCUUUUAACGUGGGCUUGGACAUCUGUCCACAUUCAGGAGAUUGACAUCGGGAUGUUAUCCAUCGGAUUUCUGACUGUUGCUUUGCCCUGCCUGCCUUAUGUUAGAAAUGGCAAAGAAACAACGUUUUUUGUGUUUAUCGUUCACUUUUUCUUUAUUUUUGUUUGUUUUUUUGUUUUUGCACAAAUAGCUGGAGAGAAACCGGUCCCAUUUAGAAUGGAUUCCCAAAGUUACCUGAGAUUAAAAAGUGUGCUCAUGUGUUGUAAA